AUGGCUCAGUACAAGGGCACGAUGCGGGAAGCAGGCCGCGCCUUGCACCUGAUCCGAAAGAGGCAGAAGCAGAGGGAGCAGAUGGAGGUGCUGAAGCAGCGCAUCGCAGAGGAGACCAUCUUCAAGUCAAAGGUAGACAAGAAAUUCUCGGCGCACUAUGAUGCUGUAGAAGCGGAGCUGAAGUUAAGCACUGUGGGUCUGGUGACUCUGAACGACAUGAAGGCCAAGCAGGAGGCCCUGCUGAAGGAACGGGAGAUGCAGGUGGCUAAGAAGGAGCAGCUGGAGGAGCGCAGGUUGCAUCUGGAGACCCUGCGUCAGAAGGCGCGCAAGCUGGAGCGGAAACGCAAGAUCUCCAGCCUCUCCUUCUCUCUGGAGGAGGUGGAGGAAGAGGAGAGCACAGGUGCGCAGGGGCCCGAGAGCGCGGUGGUGACCAAGAAGAGAAAGAAUCUGGGGAAGAAUCCCGAUGUGGACACGAGCUUCCUGCCAGACCGGGACCGCGAGGAGGAAGAGAAUCACCUGCGGGAGGUGCUGCGCAAAGAGUGGGAGGCCCAGCGCGAGAAGGUCAAGAGCGAGAUCAUUGAGAUCACUUUCAGCUACUGGGAUGGCUCAGGGCACCGACGUUCAGUGAGCAUGAACAAAGGCAGCACGGUGCAGCAAUUCCUUAAGAAGGCCCUGCAGGGCUUGCGCAAGGACUUUAGGGAGCUGCGGGUCGCUGGUGUGGAACAGCUCAUGUUCAUCAAGGAGGACCUGAUCCUGCCCCACUACCACACCUUCUACGACUUCAUCAUCACCAAGGCACGUGGUAAGAGCGGACCACUCUUUAACUUCGACGUGCAUGACGACGUGAGGCUACUAAGCGAUGCCACUAUGGAGAAGGAUGAGUCACACGCAGGCAAGGUGGUGCUGCGCAGCUGGUACGAAAAGAACAAACACAUCUUCCCAGCCAGCCGCUGGGAGCCCUAUGACCCGGAGAAGAAGUGGGACAAGUACACCAUACGAUGA